UCUAUCGGCAAGUCAGCCAGAUUAUUUCCUUGUCGUUUCAGAGCCCGGAAGCGGAAAAGAGCGAAGACCUGGAAGCCAUUACGGUUGUCUUUUUGCCGGUUGCUUCCGUUCUUCCGUUCCUUGCGCCUUGGCCCCCUCCCUGGUGAGGAUGAAGCUCUCGUCCUCGCGCGGGCGGGGGUGGGUCCUUUGGACGGCCUGGCUGCUCGGGAGACUUUUUACAGUAGGAGCAACUGAAACAGAUGAUCUGUCUGAAAAGCUGAGUGAAACUACUGUGCCAUUUACUAUAGAAAGCAGUUCUGCUUAUGUGAGCAGUGACAAACCUAAGGAGUCUAUACAGUACAGGACUGCAGAAAUUGCAGAUGCUAUGAUGGGUAGUGGCAUUCCUGAAGGACAGCCUGUACUUUUGUCAGUUAUUCCAGGUGAGACAAAAGAGAGACAUGUCUCAGAAUCUGAUUCUGGUACCUGUGAUGCAAUCAAUGGUGAAUGCAGCACUGAAGGUGUUAUUGCAUCUCUGUCUCAGCCUGGCUCUUCUGCUCAAGAGCGAAUAAGAGACACAGCUGUAGUACUGGAGGCUGUGCAUCCAUCAACAGACGAUUCUAAUAGCACAGAUGGUAUGAAAACACCUAAAGUGAAUUGUGAAGAAAGAAACAUUACAGGGAUAACAAACUUUACACUACAAAUCCUGAAUAUUUCCCAAGAUUUAAUGGAAUUCUUAAAUCCAAAUGGCAGUGACUGUACCUUAGUGCUGUUUUAUACCCCUUGGUGCCGUUUCUCUGCCAAUUUGGCUCCCCAUUUUAAUUCUUUGCCCAGAGCAUUCCCAACUCUUCAUUUCCUGGCCUUGGAUGCCUCACAACAUAGCAGUUUGUCAACCAGAUUUGGAACUGUAGCUGUUCCUAACAUCCUUCUUUUCCAAGGGGCUAAGCCUAUGGCAAGGUUUAACCAUACAGAUCGAACCUUGGAUACACUGAAAGCUUUCAUCUUUAAUCAGACAGGAAUAGAGCCCAAGACUGAUGUGGUGGUCACUGAAGAAGAUCAAGAAGGUCCCCUGCCUAGCACUCUGACUAAAGGAAUAGACUGGCUUCUCUUAUUUUCUUUACUGUUUCUUAUCAGUUUCAUCAUGUAUGCUACCGUUCGGACUGAAAGCAUCCGGUGGCUAAUACCUGGUCAUGAUCAGGAGCAUCAGGAAUAAUAUGCAACCUGAGAACUUUAUGCUUCAAGAACAAGUUAAAUAUCAUAAAAUUGUACAGUGGAUUUACUGUGAUUUCUUGUGAAUGCAAGCCUUAUACUAUUCCUCACUUGUUCAAAAGCACAGAACAUCACACAACCAAAAAUUACGUAUGGAGUAACUAUGAAAAGAUAUAAAUGGAAACUUUUCUUAAUAAAGUAAAAAUGAGAGGAUGUUCUACAGACAAUUCCCUGUGCCUGUUGUAGGUUUCUCAUAUUUCCCAUUUUUAAAAGGAAAAUCAUGAUUUAUCUGGUGUUGUUUGACCUCUGGUGAACGGAUUGCUGCUUUUUAUGGUAGAACACUAUGAAAUUUCUGUGCCUUGCAAAGCAGCUGCAGGUGCAUGUUUAUGAUGUAAAGGUUUGAAAUAUAGGUCAUGGAAAGCUCCCUGACUGAUUUGUCACUGAUUUUGCAUCUCAAAUGCUCAGAGUAUAUACACACACACACACACCCCAUGCAAGUAAGAGCUAAGUUUGGGUACAGUCUUAAUAGUAGCAUUUGGACCUGGGAGUAAUUGAUACGGUCAUAUUUAUGGUGCCUAAAUAAUAACAUUAUAAUGUUGCUGUUAAGGCAUCAGAACUUUGAGAGUUUCAGUAAUAGCUGACAUGACAACAUGACAUUCAUUCAUGUACUGAAGUUGUAAUAUGUUUAGCCUUUUAAAAUUGCAAGAAAGGACAUGAUUAAACAAUUUAAUGUUUAGCAAUUUUAGAUACAGCUUUCAGCAUGGGUGUAAACUUGUACAGCAUUGUGGUUCUUUAUUGUCUUGAUGUUGUGUUUUGACUAGUGUUUACAUGUAAGGCAACAGAAAACAAGAUGGCUGAUACAGAGCAUCAGUAGGAAGAGAGUAUCAGUAUGGUUAUAUUAAAUCCG